AUGCCUGGGACCAUGGCCGAGGGACCUUCCGUCACCAUGUCCUUUGCGAACAACUUCUGGGGGAAGGAUGAUGCAGGCCUCCAGCCCAUGCUCGACCGCAUGCACGGAUCGAAGACUACAAGCGACGAGUUGAAAGCUUUCUACACUGUACGAGCUGCGAUCGAAGACGAAUAUGCGCGAAAACUCCACGCACUCUGUCGCAAACCGUUGGGGACGUGCGAAACAGGAUCUCUCCGAACCUCGCUGGACGUGGUCCGCGGGGAAACCGAAGCCAUCGCCAAAGCACACUCUGCUAUCGCCGGUCAGAUGAAAAAUGAGCUUGAGGAGCCUCUGACUGCGUUUGCUAGUGGGAUCAAGGAGCGACGAAAGAUUAUCCAAAAUACAAUUGAACGCCUCCACAAAACAAAGAUGCAACAAACAGGAGCUGUGAAUAAGACUAGGGAUCGUUAUGAACAAGAUUGUCUCCGCAUCAAGGGUUAUCUGGCACAAGGCCAUAUGGUUAUGGGCCAGGAAGAACGCAAAAACAAGGCGAAGCUUGAGAAGACCCAGAUUCAGCUCGCGUCAAACAGUCAAGAGUAUGAGGCUGCGGUCAAGACCCUCGAAGAUACGACUGGUCGCUGGAAUAAGGAAUGGAAAGCUGCUUGCGAUAAAUUCCAAGACUUGGAGGAAGAGCGCCUCGACUUCACGAAGAGCAGUCUAUGGACCUAUGCAAACAUUGCAUCAACGGUUUGCGUCAGCGAUGAUGCUUCCUGCGAGAAGAUCCGGCUCUCCCUCGAGAACUGCGAAGUCGAAAAGGAUAUUGUCUACUUUAUCAAGGAGCGAGGCACUGGUCAGGAGAUUCCGGACGCCCCUCGCUUCAUCAACUUUUGUAAGGAAGACAGUGACACAGUAUCCGAAAUCGACGAGGGCGAGGGUUACUCGGUUGCCCAGUUCCAGCGCACCAUGAAUCCGGCUUUCCGCACUUCCUCUCCCCAGCCCUCGACAUUUGAGUCGCAUCACGAUCCGCAGUCUGAUCUUGCGGCCCAAAUGGGUCAUCCGGCUCCUCCAGCAAACAAUGUGCAGCAAUCCCAACAGCCUCCGCAGCCUCAGCAGGCCCAGCCCCAGCAACCUGCUCCUCUGGAUUUGCGCCGAGGUGGCUAUUUGCCCCCGAACUACGACCCCGAGCAGCACGGCGAAAUUAAUACGAUUCCUCAUAAUGCCUACCCAACUGACGGUAUGACCAUGUUCUGCCGAACCGGUCCUCCGUCUGAGCGAAGUUCAACAAAUAGCGCAUACCGACCAUCCAGCCGCGACUCUCAGAGUGAAGUAUCAAAUCCCACCUCCAUGUCCAGUGUGGAGGCGCCAAUUCCAGUCAGCGCCAAGCAGGUGUCGCCCCAGAAGCCGACAAACAGUGCACCACUUCCCAGUUCUGGAGAUGAUAAGUCGGUACAGAAGAAGAAGAGUGCCUUCUUCAGCAACAGCCCCUUCCGUCGCAAGAGCCGUCAUGAAAAGGAGAGACCAGUCAUUUCUCCCCAGCCCGCAUCCCAGUCUGCAUCGCGAAGCCCCUGGAACUCUCCUACCAAGCACUCCAGUCCAUCCAAGGCUGGACAUCCGGCCCAAAUUGAACGUCGCGCAGCGAGCCCGGAACCUGUCGACCCUCGCGCCAAUUUCCAGCUUAACGUUGGAAACAACGUCUUUGACGUUGCCUCCCCUGACAAGAAUGGAAACAGGCCAGGUUCUCAGCAGUCAAAGGGAGCCGAGGAUGAUCUGGAUCCGAUCGCACGCGCUCUGGCCGAUUUGAAGACUGGCGGAAAGCAGUCCACCCUUCGUGUCUCGGCUGAUAGGUACCAUGGAAUAUCAACACCCACUCCUUCUGCGCCAUCAUCUGCUUAUGGUGGAAGUAGUUCUGGAGCCCCGCCGGCGUACAACGAUCCCUCGGUAAAGCGACUCGAUGCCCCUGAGCCGGCCUUCACGUCGAAGCAGAUGCAAAAGACCACUCAGCGGUACACUGGCCAGACCCAGAGUAUGCUCCGUGGUGGAAGUAACAGCCCGGCCAUGGCUCCCAAAGCCCAGGAAGUUCCCCGUGCCAGGUCUCCCGCAUCCCGACGAAGUGCUAGCCCUCAGGUGUCUCCCCGUGUUGAUACCCGGAUGGGUGCUCAAUAUUCUGGCGGAGCACCCGCCAGCCCAGGUGCUCCUCAGUCCAACAGCAUGCGCAGCCGCUACAGCCAGUCCCCCACGCCACGCCGCGCGCAAGAUCCGCCUUACUCUCCCAAUGACUUUGCCCAAAGGGCUUCGCCUGCCACCUCGCACCGCGCGGUUUCUCCUCAGCCCCAGUUCCGCCAACAGGCUCGUCCUUCUAGCGCCGGGGGCAUGGAGCUGCAGUUGUCCAGCGGUCAGGUUGAAAUGUACGGGGGCAGCGGUGGCAGUCAGGGCUAUAGCUCUCGGCGCGAUGGCCGGCCCUCGUCUUACUAUGGUGAUGGUGGACCCCCCCCGGUUGGCCGAUCUCGCAGCCGCACCCUUGCAGUGGCGGAAUCUGGUCGCAAGUUCAGCCGCGAUGGGCGUCCGGUCUUGCACUUCGCUCGCGCAAUGUACAGCUACGCUGCUGCCAUCCCCGAGGAGCUCGGCUUCACCAAAGGCGAUGUCCUUGCCGUUAUCCGCCUUCAAGACGAUGGAUGGUGGGAAGCCGAAGUCACCAACGGCCGCGGCCACCCCGGCUUGGUGCCGAGCAACUACCUGCAGAUCAUCUAG